CUCACUUGAGACAUCACAGCUAGGAAACAUUAAGAUUUGUCAUGUAUUCAUUGCUGGUCAUAGCUCUGCUGGCUUUGGCUCUGUCAGGGCCAGCCACGGCCUUUGUCUCCGAUGGUCAUGGAGCGUCCACUCAUGUCAGCAUUACAAGAACGGCUCUACUGAGGAAAGUGACAGAGACAUGUCGGGAGGUGGCUGAGAAGAAUGGUUAUGAGUUCAACCCCACGGGCUCCUCUCCUGAAGAGCUGGUCCAGGCCUGUUUAGGUCCCACAGCAACAGGAGACGUGUCUGGCGCCAAGUUUCAUUCUGCUCUUCAAGACAUUUACACUCAGAAUGGACUGGUAGACCGCGACUUUGCCAACAGUCCUCCACAUCACUUCAAUUCUGAGGCUUUCUUGAAAGGACGUGGCCUGAUCACUCAGGGCAUGUUGGCCAUUAAGGCUAACAUUCGCAAUAAGAACUUUCCCACUGCAAGGGAAACACUGGGUAGAGUCCUUCACACACUACAGGACUUUUACAGCCACAGUAACUGGGUUGAGCUGGGUUACACAGAGCCAUAUAUCAACCUCAUAACCCCAGGCCUUCCCCUAGAUAACCUGGCAGAUGCGAACACUGCUACCUGCAGUGACUGUGCCAGUGGAACUUGCUCUAAUCAGCUGCUCCCCAACAUCCUAAAAGAGAAGAAACUCACAUCUGGCUAUAUGGGAAUCUACUCUUCUCUUAAGCCUAAAGGUAAAUGCAGCCAUGGUGGUGCAGCUGAUCUCACUAGCACAGAAUCUCCUCGAGGAGGCAUCAGCAAAGAUGAGCGUCGCCAAGACAACUUGGCUUUACACAAUGCUGCUGUGAAUGCAGCCACAACCGCCACCCUUCAGCUGUUGGAGGACGUCCGUUUAGCUGUAGGGGACGAUGACUUCCUGAGAAUGAUGGGGAUUGCUCGCUCAUCUGUUGUGUGCUUUGUAAUUGACACCACCGGCAGUAUGUCAGAUGACAUUGAAGAAGCAAGAUCAAUUAUUUAUGAAAUCAUUGACAGUUACAAAGGAACUCAAGAUGAGCCCUCCGAGUACAUCCUGGUGCCUUUCAAUGACCCUGACUUUGGCCCCAUAAUCAGAACAACAGAUGCUAAUAAGAUAAAAGAAGAAAUCUCUAAGCUCAAUGCAGAUGGUGGAGGUGAUGCUCCUGAGAUGUGCCUGUCAGGACUUCAGCUGGCUCUGACUGGCGCCCCUUCCUCAUCCUACAUCUAUGUAUUCACUGAUGCUACAGCAAAAGACAUUGAGCUCAAAGACUCUAUUAUAGCUCUCAUUAGGAGCACCCAGUCAACGGUGUCAUUCUUCAUGACUGAAAUAUUUGGCAGGCGCCGUCGUUCUCUCAGAGCUGCUUCCUUUGGUGACUACAGGGAGAUAGCUCUGGUCUCUGGAGGCCAGGCCAUCCAGGUCUCAAAAUCAGAGCUUCCUCAAGCCACAGACAUUAUCCUUGACACCUCGACUUCAGCUCUGGUGACAGUUCUUCAGCGAGCAAGAAACCCUGGAAAGCAAGAGACAUUCUCCUUUGUUUUGGAUGAAUCACUGAAAAAUAUCACUAUCUACAUCACGGGAACAGCCAUUACUUUCAUGCUGACGGACCCUGCUGGUGUAACUCAGAGCCAAAAUGAGAUCAGUGGUAAACUGGGGACCAUAAAGGCUGUGGGCAACUUGUGGAGAAUUCGUUUAUACUCUGACAAGCAGACGGGACCCUGGCAGAUCAACAUCAACUCCAACCAACCAUACACACUUCAAAUCACAGGUCAGAGUACAAUUACCUUUAUCUAUAACUUUGUGGAAAGCUUUGCUGGACCUCACCCAGGUUAUGCAGUGCUCACUGGGCUUCCGCAAGCAGGCCAGCCAGCCACUCUGAUGCUCUCAGUUAUGGGUAGAAGAGGUCCGUCUUCGAUGACUACUGAACACAUUGGUUUGGCAAAAGUGUUAGUUUCUGAAGGUGUUAGCAACGGUGUAAUAACUGACAUGGGCAAUGGAGAUAUUCUGGUGACUGUUGAUGCAGUCCCUGAGGGGGAGUUUGUGGUCACUGUGAAAGGAACUGACAAAGUGUCAAACAGUGUAUUUCAGAGGCAGUCGACCACUCAAGUGUCUGUCUCCAAAGUGAAGAUCCAGGCUGUGGUGGGCAGCAGUGUGGAACCAGGAGAGGACUUUAAGCUUCCUUUCAGUGUGAUGACUCAGGGCUCUGGUGGGACGUACUCCAUCGGUGUGAGAAAUGACAGAAACUUCCCCAUGUCCUUCCCAAAUGAACUCACCUUGACAACUGGACAAUAUGCCAAUGCUACACUGACUAUAACACCACCUGCCAGCACGGAAUCAGGCACUGAUGUCACGCUGACUGUAGAAGCAAAGUCAUCCGAUGGUGUUGACUCCAAUUAUGUUGUUUUGAGAUUGUCUGUUGUUACCAAGAUUACAGAUUUUGUUCAGCCGUCAUGUGAAGGGGUUAGUGUGCAGGCUAAUGACUGCCCUCAUAAUCUGGCCCAAUGUGGCCCUUUCCAGUGGGAACUCUCAGCUAACAUUACAGAUGGAAACGGCACCGGGAUUGACAGCAUUUCUCUCCAUCAGGGGAAUGGAACCCUCAUAUACACCUCACUGAGUGCCCCCAUCAUCCAGGCAAACUACAAUGCCUCCUGCUGCUCACAGAUUGUUGAAAUAGUAGCUGUAGAUAAAGUUGGCAAUGUGGGAAAAUGCUACCAUUCAAUUGCUCGAUCAGGUGGCCCUCCCACUCUAACUCUGUCACUGCCACUGUGGAUUUACCUGUUGGUAUCUACCUUCUUGCUAAGGCCUUGAAGGGCUCAGGUUACAUUAUGCUAAUCUUCAGGUCUUUAAUCUGCACCGAGUUUAAAACAUUUUAAAUAAUGUGCCUUUGCUAUGAAGUCUGUUUUGUCUGCUGGUGCUCAGCUUACAUAGUUUUCUUUUUCAGCUACACCCUUAUCCACAAGGGAUCACCACAAAAGAUGAAUCCACAUUUAAUUUGGCACAGUUUAAUGGCAGUUCCCUUUCCUGAUAUUUGCAUCUCCUUCUGGUAUUGAACCAGAGAUCUUUUAAGUGUUAGUCAAAUGAGUUGACAGCUAUAAUCUGGAGUUGCCAGGUAUGAAUAAAAUACUGAAAUAAAAUGUUCACUCUGUACUUAAGAAAUGAAGGUCAGCUUCCUGAGCAUUUCUGGUAUUUUGAGUUAUGAUUACCUUAAAAUCUGUGGGCAGAGUCAAACCCUUUUACCAUUUUAAUAAUAUGGUAUUAAAAUUUUUUUUGCAUUUUUGUGCCCUAAUACUUAAUGCUAGCCAACAUACAAAAAUGUACAUUUCUGUUCAAAUCAGACAUGUACUGUGGUGAAAUAUGCAUGCACACUGCCUUAAAGGAAUAAUUCUGCAUUAGGUUAUAAUUGCUGAGGGUAAAAGAUACACUAGUCCCAACAGCCAGUCUCAAAGCUGGGGAUCAGUCCACUAGGACCUCCACACAUUACACCCAACCCCUACGAUGCCUCCUGGGGGUGGGGGGCCUACAGAAGGGUGGGCCCAUGUCUCCUCUUCGGGCUGCGCCCUGCCUGGCCACCAGACGUUCUCCCUCGAGCUCCCUCCCAAGGCUUGGCUCCUGGGUCUCUAUCCUGGGAAGGGUAAACAGUUCCCUUGGUGACUGUUCCAUAGGGUUCGCUCUUUGUCUGGCCCCUCAGCCAUGGUGGACCCUACCAGGGGGACAAGCCUCUGGACAAUAUAGCUCCAAUGAUCAGUGCGGCACACAAACCCCUCUACCACAAUCAGGUGGUGAUUCAUGGAGGAGGUCUUCUCAGGGUCUUGCUCACGAGUGAUGGGAGAAAGGAGCGGGAGAUUGACUGAGUAUGCUGCACCCGUCUGUCACGGAAGGGAGCUGAGCAUGAAAUCGAAGCUGUCAAGUUACCGGUCAAUCUACGUCCCUACCCUCACCUACGGUUACGAGCUUUGGGUAGUGACCCAAACAAAGAGACUGCGAAUCCAAGUGGCAGGAACGAGCUUCCUACGAAGGGUGAGGAAUGCAGCUAUUCGGGAGGAGCUCAAAAUAGAGCUGCUGUUCCUCCACAUCAUAAGGAGCCAGUUGAGGUGAUUUGGGCAUCUGACAAGGAUGCCUCCUGGACGCCUCUUGGUUGAGGUGUUCCGGGCAUGUCCUAGGCCCCGAGGCAGACCCAGGACACACUGGAGACAUUAUAUCUCUCAGCUGAGAUGGGAACGACUUGGGGUCCUCCCAGAUGAGCUGGAGGAGGUGGCUGGGGAGAGGGAGGUCUGGGCUUCUCUGCUUAAGCUGCUGCCCCCGCAACCUGGCCCCGGAUAAGUGGAAGAAAAUGGAUGGAUGUGUCAUGAUCCUGGGCAAGUAGCCCAAUGUGCCUUGUUUCUUUGAGUUAUGUUUUCAGUUCUGGGUUAGGAUUUUAGGUUACUGUGAUUUUCUGUUAUAGUGUAUCUGUUUUGUUCUCAUGUCUUAGUCCUUUGUAUCUUGUUGUGUGUGGUUUUGUUUUGUUAUGUUCUUCAGCUUGUGUUUCUUAUUGUUCAGUUUCUCAGUUGGGUGAUCUAUUUAGUUAUGUAUUCAGGUUUCGCCAUUUAUCUUGUCUGUUUUGUUCCCAUAUCUUGGCCCUUCUGUGUUUAGUUUCCCUUCCCAUUGUUUCCUUGUGUAAUAUUUGAUUCCCUCUGUCAGGUUUUCUGAGUUAGGUUUGUGUGUGUUAGGUUGGGUCACUUCCUGUUUUAUUUUGGCAAUCUUGAGUUCCUUGUGUUUUGUAUCUAGAUUUACUUCCCCUUGAGUUGUCAGUGUAUUGUGUUCAGCUGUGCUCUCACCUGUUGCCCAUUCCCUCGUUAUCCCUUUGUGUAUAUACUGUCUGGUUUUCACUCAUUCGU